UUAUUACAAUCAUUAUCACUUAGUCCAUCACUAGCUACAGGGUACGUACGUGUGCUGCAAGUCGACGCACUAGGUGCAAGGUAUAUAUGAUAUCGAUGGAGGCAGGUGGGCGGUGGAUGAUGGAUGGCACGGCGGCGUCAGCGUGGACACCCGGCGGCGAUGAUAAUAACCACCAUUUCUUGGGUGUGGGGUACCGGUUCCGGCCGACGGACUUGGAGCUGGUGGAUUACUUCUUGAGAGGGAAGAUUAUGGGUGUGCCCAUCACUCAUCCGAUCAUUCAUACCAUUAAUAUCUACGAAACCCAUCCCAGGGACAUUCUUUGCAAGUACGGGACAGUGGGAGAAGAUGCAUGCUAUUUCUUCGUGAAGCAGUCAAGGAAACGGCCGAGCAGGAAAGCCGGGAAUGGGUAUUGGAGGGCAUCCGGUUCUCAUCCGGUCCGGGCCGGAAAGAAGGAAAUCGGGUCCAAGAAGACAUUUGCAUAUCACGAAGGCUUUCAACAAAAGAGUGGUUUCAAGGGACUGAAAACGGACUGGCUCAUGCAAGAGUUUACUCUCAAUCAUAAUACUG